AGCAGCCACCCUCGCCCCGCGCUACCUGUGGAGAAAGAAAUAACAUUCCUCCCCCGAUGCACACAAAAUGUCAUCAUUGUUACCAUCAUCAGAGCAACUGUACUUAGGCCUAGACCUCUCCACCCAGCAACUAAAAUGCCUAGCGAUCACAGGUUCUUUGUCGGUGGUGCGCCAGGAGAUAGUGACCUUCGACAGCGACCUCCCACACUACGGGACGAAGAAGGGUGUGCAUAUCGAUUCCGGACUGAAUGAGGUCACCGCUCCCGUGGCGAUGUGGGUUGAGGCGCUGGAUUUGGUGCUUAGUAGGAUGAAGAAGGCUGGGUUCGAAUUUGGGAGGGUGAGGGGGGUGAGCGGUGCUGGGCAGCAGCAUGGGAGUGUGUUUUGGAGUAAGGAGGCGGAAGAUGUGCUGGGUGGGUUGGACCCUGGGAAGGGGCUCGUGGAACAAUUGGGGGGAGUGUUUACUUGGGAGAGGUCACCGAAUUGGCAGGAUCAUAGUACACAGGCUCAAUGCGAUGCGUUUGAGAAGUGUGUGGGGGGUGAGGAGGUGUUGGCGGGGAUUACGGGGUCAAAGGCCCAUCACCGAUUCACGGGUCCACAGAUCUUGCGUUUUUAUCAACGGUUUCCGGGGGUCUAUGACAAGACGAGCCGGAUAUCGCUUGUUUCGAGUUUCUUUUGUAGUCUGUUUCUCGGGAGGAUCGCUCCGAUUGAUAUUAGUGAUGUGUGCGGUAUGAACCUCUGGGAUAUGAGGAAUAAUUCGUGGUCUCAGGAGCUACUUGAUCUGUCUGCGCCGGGUUUGAGAUCGAGGCUUGGGAGCGUGGAGACACAGCCAGGGAAGCAUUUAGGUCCGGUUUCGGGGUACUUUGCUGAGCGAUAUGGAUUCAGUAAACAAUGUGUGGUAACCGUUUACCGGCGAUAA